AUGGGCGGGGGAACGAACUGCUCCCUCGCCGGUGGGAAGCCCUUGUGGCGCGACUGGUGGGAAGACACCAAGGCCCUCAUCCAGAAGUUUCCAGAAGUGGACUUCUUUGCCGCCCGGCCAAGAACGGGGUUGAAUGUUGAACCUCAGUUUCAGUGUCAUCUGUAUCCUCACCAGUGUCUUCAGACUCCUCUGUCCAUCCCUGCAGUGGCCUUGCUGGUGCUGGGGACGCUGUUCUUCCUGCUGCUGGCGGUGCUGGUUGUACUGCUGUUCCAGAACAGAGCUCUGAAGAAGGCCCUGUCUGUGAGGGACCACGCCCCUCUGCGUGAUGCUGUCUAUGUGAAGAUUGAGUAUAAACCGGCCAAAGGAGGAGCCUACAGCACCCCGCCGAUGGGGAGUGUCCUUUCUGAGGACCUGCCGUCUGGGUACGAAGAUGUGGGGGGCAGCGAGGGACACUCCCUCUCGGGGGUCCUGGUGACAGAUAACACACUGGAGGACUAUGAUGAUGUCAUCACUGUAGAUCCAAGUACAGGCAGUGCGGCAGGCAGUGAUGAUGUGAGGCUGGUGAAUGGAGGCAGCCCCUGUGCUGGGAGAGUGGAGGUUUAUCAUGAGGGAGAGUGGGGGACAGUGUGUAGCGAUGACUGGGAUGAGACAGAUGCUGAGGUGGUGUGUAGACAGCUGGGCUGUGGGGCUGCUGUGGAAGCACCGAGUGGAGCUCACUUUGGAGCCGGGUCAGGGAGAAUCUGGAUGGAUGAUGUGUCCUGCAACGGGGCAGAGUCCACACUGAAGAACUGUGAUUCAGGAGGAUGGGAUAACCAUAACUGUGGUCAUGCAGAGGAUGCUGGAGUGAUCUGUUCAGACCAAAUGGUCAGGCUGGUGGGAGGAACUCACCUGUGUUCUGGGAGAGUAGAGGUGCAUGAUGGGAACGCCUGGGGCACGGUGUGUGAUGCUGACUUCGACCAGCAGGAUGCAGAGGUUGUGUGUCGGGAGCUGGGCUGUGGGGUUCCUGCAAGGCUCCUGGGGGCAGCUGGGUUUGGCAAAGGGGAGGGCCAGGUGUGGUCAGAGAAGCUUCAGUGUAGGGGAAAAGAAUCUCACAUUUGCUUCUGUCCGACAUCACGCACCCAGGAACAGAACUGCAACCGUGAGAACUAUGUGGGACUGGUGUGCUCUGGUUACACAGAGUCCAGACUGGUUAAUGGUUCUGACAGAUGCUCUGGUCGAGUGGAGCUGAAGUACCUCAGUGCCUGGAGCACAGUGUGUGAUGCAUGCUGGGAUAUGAGAGCCUCCAAUGUCCUCUGUCAGCAGCUGAGUUGUGGGAGAGCAGUGGCAGUGCUGGGGCAGGCCUGGUUUGGGGAGGGGAAUGGCUCAAUUUGGGCUGAUGUGUUUGAGUGCCAGGGGAAUGAGACACAUGUCUCCCAGUGUGCUGUUUCUGCUUGGAGUCGUGCUGCAUGCUCACAUGGACAGGAUGCUGGAGUCAUCUGUUCUGACCACAGGUCCCUCAGGCUGGUGGGGGGAGGGGGGGACUGUGCAGGAAGGCUGGAGGUGUUCCACAGGGGCUCCUGGGGGACGGUGUGUGAUGACUCCUGGGACCUGCAGGAUGCUCAGGUGGUGUGCAGGCAGCUCCAGUGUGGGACGGCCCUCAGUGUACUGCAGACCUCCACAUUCGGACCUGGAACUGGACCCAUCUGGCUGGAUGAGGUGGACUGUGUAGGGAACGAGACGUCCCUGUGGGAGUGUCCCAAAGCAGAGUGGGGACAAACGGACUGUAGACACAAGGAGGACGUGGGGAUCAUGUGUUCAGAGUUCAAACAGCUGAGACUGAGAAUGGGGACAGACACCAAAAUCUGCUCAGGACUGGCAGAGGUUUUCUACAAUGGCACCUGGGGGAGUGUGUGUGAUAAUGGCAUGACGGAAGACACCGCCACCGUGAUCUGCCGCCAGUUAGGCUGUGGGGACGGAGGGACGUUCAGUACAGGAACCACCUCUGUUGGAGUUCGUCAGUGGAUCGCCAACAUUAUGUGCAGACGCCAUGAUGAGUCCCUAUGGCAGUGUCCCUCCUCUGCAUGGGGUGACAACGACUUGCCCCCGGAGUUGCGGCUGGUCGGCCCCAAUAAGUGCUCUGGGAGGGUGGAGGUGCGGAUUGAGGGUUCCUGGGGGACUGUCUGUGAUGACUCCUGGGACAUGAGGGAGGCCCAGGUGGUCUGCAGACAGGUGGGCUGUGGGGAGGCCGUGAGGGCAGAGGUCAAUGCCACAUUUGGGAGGGGAAGUAGCACCAUCUGGCUUGAUGAGGUGAACUGCACAGGAGACGAGCUCCACCUGUGGGACUGCUGUCGUUCCCCACUGAACCAGAGUGACUGCUCUCACAAGGAGGACGCAGGGGUUACCUGUGCAGUGGCCUUCCUGGUGCUGGGGGCGCUGUUCUUCCUGCUGCUGGCAGUGGUGGUGGUCCUGCUGUUCCGAAAUAGAGACCUGAAGAAGGCCCUGUAUCAAGGAGACCAUGUCCCUCAGUAUGAGGCUGUCUAUGAGGAGAUUGAGUAUAAACUGGCAGGAGAAAGAACCUACGGCGCCCCCCGAAGGGGGAGUGUCCUUUCUGAGGACCUGCCCCCUGGGUAUGAUGACGUGGGGGAUGGCGAGAGACAAUCGCACUUGGGGGAGUCUGUGAAGGAAGAGACAGGAGAGGACUAUGAUGAUGUCAUCGCGGAGGAGAGCACAGGGGAUCUUAUGUCAGAGAACAUACCGGACAGCUAUGAUGAUGUCAUCACUGUAGAUCCCAUUACAGGCAGUGUGGCAGUGGACAAAGUCAAGACCAUGGAAGGACCUCUAGAGACGGAGAAGAUGGGCUAUGAUGAUGUUGGGGAGGAGCCUCUUAACAGCGAAGGGGCCUUUAGAGAGUGA